CGCCCGAGCUGCGAGAUGAGGCUGUGCGCGUGUGUGAUUGACGUGCUACUGACGCUGCUCGCCGCGUCUCUACUGGGCGCGCGGCCGGCGUCUUCCGUCAGCGCGGGAAAGCCGAACACUCAGGCGCCGCAGUUGGAGGCCCAAUUCAUCAACCAAGUCGUUGCCAAAGUAGAGAAACUACUCAUGGUCGGGUCGGGGAAUACAGAGUCGCUACAGUACGAGGUGUUCGAGCCUCACGUGGACCUGAGGCCCGCGACGCGCAAGCGCCGUCGGAAAAGGCGGCGACGGCGGCGACAUCUGGAGGAAGGCAGCGGCGGCGACAGUGCAGACCUGAGCCUCGAGCUGCCCGCUUUUGGACAGACGCUGAGGCUGGAUCUCGGACAGACCGAGGAGCUCAUCUCGAGCCAGUUUCAAGUGGUGGAAGAAGGUGCCUCAAACAACAGCUCUGGGCGGCGCCGACGCAGAGACGUCGCCUCCGGCGGGGACCUACCGGACGCCUCGUGCUUCUACCAGGGCCACGUGCGAGGGAUCGCCCAGAGCAAGGCGGCGCUAUCCGUUUGUUCGGGCCUGAGGGGCCUGGUGGAGCUUCCCGGCGCGACCUACUUCGUGUACCCCCUCUACGCCCUCGCCAGCAGCGGCCGCAGGGCGGGCGUCAGCGCCGGAGCCACCAAUUCCACGUCGACGCCACACAUCCUGGCCAGGGCGGACACACACAAACACCUGCGAUGCGGCCACUGCGAGAGAAGUUCACGGCCGGACAACGGAACACGUUCUGUCCGAGUUCCCGCCGGAGACUGGAAGUCCCGACGGAGGAGGAACAGGGCAAGGAGAAGGGUGGGGGGACCUUCGCCGUCCGCCAACAGCGGCGGCCGCAGGAGAAACCCCAGGGACGGGGGCGAGGCCCUGGUCGAGACAGCGGUGUUCGUGGACCAGGCGCUGUACCAGGCCAUGUCCAGGGCAUUCCCGGGCGAGGACACCGACCGGGAACUGGUCACAUACGUCCUGACCAUCAUGAACGCGGUACAAAUGCUUUUCAAGCACGAAUCGUUAGGGAAGAAUAUCGACGUGACUGUCGUCGAGCUGGAAGUAUUGAAACUCCAACCCAGGGACCUGAGUCCUUCGGAGAACAUCGACACGUACCUGACAAAUUUCUGCGUGUGGCAGCACCAAAGACGGAGGGCCGCCUCAGCCCAGGGCACGCCAAAAUGGGACCACGCGCUCCUCUUAUCAGGGAUCAACAUGUUCGUCGUGGAUGAGAAAGGACUGCGAAAACGACACGUCGUCGGACUCGCUCCGGUGAGCGGAAUGUGCAACUCUCUCAACAGCUGCACCAUCAGCGAGGGAACCAGCUUCCAGAGCGUCUACGUUGCCAGUCACGAGAUGGGACACAGCUUGGGCAUGGAGCACGACGGCUCCCAGGACGGGAAUCCAUGCGACGUGGACAACUACGUGAUGUCUCCGACUCUGGGGGCAGGCAAGACCCGCUGGUCGUCCUGCUCUCGCCAGUACGUGACCAAGUUCCUGCGGCUGCCGGCCGCUUCGUGCGUCUUCCAGCGGGGAACCCGCGAGGUUGACGUCGACUUGCUGAAGGCGCGCAAGGCGCCUCUGCUGCCCGGGGAGAUCUUCUCGGCCGACCGGCAGUGCGCGCUGCGCUUCGGGUCGGCCAGCCGCCGAACUAACCAUCAACCGCUUCAGGACAUCUGCCGAAUGCUGCGGUGUGAAAUGAACCGUGGCAUCACGCCAGUCUCGUUCGCAGCUCACCCCGCCCUUGAAGGAACGCCCUGUGCUGAAAACAUGUGGUGCAGGGGUGGCUACUGCGUGGCUCGCCGGGACGAGUUGGAACGGCGUCGGUCACGGGACCCUCCCGUGGACGGCGGCUGGGGACCCUGGUCGUCCUUCGGAACCUGCCGAUCAGACUGCGUCGCCAGGGGAGACUACGCCUACGUCGGCGUCAAGGUGUCUCGAAGACGAUGCGACAGGCCCAGCCCAGAGAACGGAGGCCGCUUCUGCGAGGGUUCCGACAAGAGAGUGCAGAUCUGUGACGCAACGCAGUUGUGCACGACGUCGAAGAACCAGCGGUUGUUGGACGAGUUCGUUCUCGGCAUCUGCCGCCAGGCGGCGGCGCGAGACAAGAGCAUCGAGCCGUACGGCACGCAGUUCCCCAGCAGAGACUACACGCACUCGUGCUACGUGUGGUGCCGCAAACGUGGAGGCGGAUACAUGACCCACGGCUGGCGCAUCCCCGACGGCACGCCCUGCUGGAGCCUGAGCCAGAGAAGGCAGGCCAGGAACACCAACCGCUACUGCGUCGACGGAGAGUGCCAGGCGUUCGACUGCUACGGCCGCAGCACGGAGGACGACUCGUCCGAGGCGUCGUGUCCCGUCCGCCAGUCGCCCCUGAUGGCGGCAUCCGCAUCGGCGAGCCCCCGCGGUGUUGUCCCCUCCGGUUGGGGACCGUGGCACGCAGUCAGCGAGUGCCGACACUCCUGCCUCGCAGGCGGCUCGGGAUUCCAGCUCGUCGCUCGAGAGUGCAACGCCAUAUCGCGGUGCUCCGGGAAGAAGGAAACGUACAAGCUCUGCGAUUCCACACGGAAGUGUCGGGGUAUGGUUACACCAGACCAGUAUGCAACCAAGGUGUGCGAGAAAUACCGAAGGAAAUACUCCAGCCUACUCAGUGGACGAGGAAGGCAGCUACCACUGCAGACGGGAAAUCCACAUGUAUCGUGUGUGGUGGCGUGCCAGGACCGCGUGUGGAAGGACACUCACUACCAGAUGGACGUGUUCGAAGAAGGACGCUUCCCAUUCGGCACCGAUUGCAGUGGAGGACGAGGAAGGGCCUUCUGCGUUUCUGGACGAUGCCAGAAAUUCACAAGUGAAGGAACUCCUCUCGAUGAAGAAAGUGUGACACCCCGGGCCCUGCAAAGAAAGCGUCGACGCCGAAGAAUCAAGCGCCACGUGCCUACGUUCCGCAACCUAACGACAAAUGUCACUGUCGAAGAAGGCGAUGUCCGAUGGACAGCUGAACGCCAGGCGCGGCUGACGCUCCCCAACACGAAUCAAACUUUGGAGGCUUGGCAUUCAUGGAAUGUUCACAUGUCCGACUGCUCACUGCCCUGUGGUGGAGGCACACACAACGUGACUGUCCAGUGCGGUGUGUCAAGGAAGUACCCGAAUGGCAGUUGCGAUCAGGGCCAGAGACUCCCACUCAAGACGGGCCCCCUCGCUUGUAACACUGAGCCCUGCACUGGAAGGUGGCACACAGAACCAUGGGGCGCCUGCGUACGCGGCACCCUACAGAGCCGCCUAGUAGUGUGCGUGGAGCCUCUGGCGCCAUCAUCUUUGUUCUCGCUAGUCCCCAACGGCCGCUGCCCACCUCCCCGCCCGACGCGACUCAGGAAGUGCGCACUCCCGUCGGCAGAAAAAACCGCAUCAAUGCCUCAAGCAACUGUCGCUUUGUCGUCACGGCUACUGUCCGGCUUUUCGUGACGUCUGCUAGACAUCUUUUGUUGUACAGGAAUACCAGCUGCGGUAUUUUAGCAAACAGUGCACGCCCUGGGCUGCUGUGCAGCCCGCCACCAAGUGGCCUCCUCCAGAAGACGUCUGCUCGCCGCUGCCGUUUGCAAAGCCUCGCCACGGACGUUCAUUUCGCCUGCACGUUAUAACUUAUUUGUUAUGCAUUGUCUUAGCGCUGUCACUUAAAAUACAUUGCCAUGUUCGAGGUUGCUCCUGUUCAGGAGCGCCAGAAUUAAUUCUGCAUACGUCAAUAGACUGAUUGUCUGCCCAACGGCAAUGUGGCAUUGCAGUCUCCCAAAGAUAGCGCAAGUGCGCCCGGUGACUCAAUCUGCUGCUUUCGGUAUGUGCUAUUCGUAGCGCUGAUGCAAAACCUUCUGAGAAGCUGCAUAGCCUACAAUGUAGAAAAUUAUGUAUGUGCAGAAAACAUUGCGCUUGGGGACUGUGAGAUCUGCAGUCACUCAUUCGCACUUCCGGUUCAGCAGAAUAAAAUGGUACCAAUGCGCCAAGUCGUACAGUGGCAAUGCAUGUUGAUACCAAAGUUUGAA